AUGGCGGAUGGCAGCCUCAUUGGCAAGGUCCAAGAUCUCAGCGACCUUGAGCUGGCCCUCCUGAUCAGUCUGGUCAGCCAAGAACACUGUCUGAUUAGCACCGCUCCAGACGCUCUUAAUGAUCUGGUGGAAGAGCUGCAGCUGACCGCUACCAAGACCUUUGGCCUCAGCCAUGUCGUGAUCGACUGCGAUGCCAACACCACACUGAGUAGCUUCACCUCAGCCCUCCUCGUCCCGAAACCUCAAUCUCCCACGCGGGCCCCGUCACCGUUCAGCACACGCACGGAAUCGUACUUUGUCUCCCGACCGAAAUCACAGUCCUACCAUCCUAGCAAGCCUCUGUUCCCCGGGCCUUCGGUGUACAUCCCCAAUGUAGUGUUCGCGAAGAACUUCGACCAGGCGCCGCACGCCGUCCAGAUCCAGGCUUUGGAGCUGCUACGUUCGAGGCGCAUAUACACCCGUACUUCAGUCCACACGGCCCCGAAGCAGUUCCUGUUCGUUCCCGUGCUGGGGGCGGAGAGCGGAGGCCAGGCCAGAGUCACCAAGCAUCUGAAUGACUUUCUAUUCGUCGCACACUGGCACGACCCAGAUGAUGGAUACAUAAACCUCGAGGAGGCCGAUGGGGGCGUUGAUGCUGAGACAGCAUCUACAGGCAGCGUUGUUAAGAAGGCGUCGCCUCUAGAUACCCCGGCUCCGUCAGAGGUUCUCUUCUCGGAAAAGGACAUUAGCCAGAUCGCCCAUCUGAGCAGAGAAGUCGACGUGGACGUCGAGGUUACCAGAUAUCUCAUGAACGUCGUAUCAUUUCUUCGAUUGCAUCGUGCUGUAGCGGAGGGAGUCACCCCGACUGCGACAAAGCACUUGGAACAACUCGCACGAUGCCUCGCACCACUACACGACCUCACAUUUGUCACCCCCGGUCUGGUCGACUUGGCUGUGCGCAAGGUCUAUCUGCAUCGCAUCAGCAUCGUUACGCCUGAAAAGGAACGGAGCAUGCAAUGGGGCAGCAGGCUUAGCGCGGUGGCUGCAGUGUUGGAGGAUGUCGGGCCAGAAGACGUGAUCGAAGAUGUUUUGGAAAUGGUCACGGCGCCGUUAUAA